CUAUUUAAGUAUCAAAACAUAAUUUUUAAACUAAUUAAAAGAAAAGAUAUAAAUUUUAAAUAAAUAAUGGAUCUGAAGAAAAAUUGUUAAAAUAAAUAAAUAUAAAAAAGAAAUUUUAAACAAAGAAGCGUGUAUAUAUACAUAUAUGAAAUUAAAAAAACAGCAAGCAAAUACAAGCAGCAACAACAAGAUAUAUAAAAUAUAAUAGAUAUAAAAUAAAUUUUAUUAAAUUAUAUACAUAUUUAAAUAUAAAUCUAUCAAAAGCAAAAGAAAAAACACUAGAAAAGCUAAUUUGUGCUAUUCAAAAUUUAGAGAGUGUACAAUUAUUUAUAAUAACUACAUAUACACAUAUAUAUAUAUUUAAAUAAUACAAUAUAAAAGUCGAUUUUUUUUAUUUUUCCUGUUAAAAAAUUUUAUUACAAAAUAAUUUAUUUGAUUUUUUUUUUAAUUACUCAUUCGAUACGAAAUUAAGCUUCAUUUAGUAUAUAUAUAUUCACAAAAGAAAAUAUUACAUAUACAACAUACCUAUAUAUAUAUAUUUAAUAUAUAUAUAUAUAAAAUAUAUCUGUGUUUUAAAAAAGAGAACAUUAAAUAAGAAAAAGAAAAAAAAACAAAUAAUACUUUUAGUUUAGUGAUUUUGUAGUUGUUUUCUGUUUUUUUUUUUGCAAUAUUAAAUAAAAAAAAAAUUUAAAAUGGAUUCCGAUGAUGAUAGCUUUGAUAAUAAUGUUGAUUCUGGUAAUGUUUCAACCGGUGACGACGAAGAUUUUGCAAUGGAAGUUGAUGCACCAAUUAGAGAACGUAAUACAGAAGUUGAAGAAUAUCAAUAUGAAGUAUUAACAACCGAUCAAAUUGUUCAAUUAAUGAAUGAUCUCAUAGCAGAAGUUGUCAAUGUCAUUAAUAUUCCAGCGACAACAACACGCAUUCUUUUACAUCAUUUUAAAUGGGAUAAAGAAAAAUUAAUGGAAAGAUAUUUUGAUGAUCAGGAAGGAAAAUUGUUUAGUGAAGCUCAUGUUAUUAAUCCUAACAAGAAACCUAAUAUAAUAAAUAAACCAAAGUCAAGUGCAGGAGCUGAAGAAUGUGAAAUAUGUUUUUCAAAGUUUCCAUCAAGUUAUAUGACUGGCUUAGAAUGUGGUCAUAAAUUCUGUACCCAAUGUUAUACAGAAUAUAUUACUACAAAAAUUAUGGAAGAAGGGCUUGGGCAAUCUAUAGCUUGCGCAGCACAUGGAUGUGAUAUUUUAGUAGAUGAUGUAACAGUUAUGAAACUUGUAACGGAUCCAAAGGUUAAACUAAAAUACCAACACCUAAUAACUAACAGUUUUGUAGAAUGUAACAGAUUAUUACGUUGGUGUCCAUCAGUUGAUUGCACAUAUGCCAUUAAAGUUGCCUACGUGGAUCCCCGUCCAGUGCGUUGUAAAUGUGGCCACUAUUUUUGCUUUGAAUGUGGUGAAAAUUGGCAUGAUCCAGUGCAUUGUAGAUUGUUAAAACGUUGGAUAAAAAAAUGUGAUGAUGAUUCUGAAACAUCUAAUUGGAUAGCAGCAAAUACAAAGGAAUGUCCUAAGUGUAAUGUUACAAUUGAAAAAGAUGGUGGCUGUAAUCAUAUGGUGUGUAAGAAUCAAAAUUGUAAAUACGAUUUUUGUUGGGUAUGCUUGGGUUCAUGGGAGCCACAUGGCUCUUCAUGGUAUAAUUGUAAUCGCUAUGAUGAAGAUGAGGCAAAAGCGGCUAGAGAUGCUCAAGAAAAAUUAAGAUCAUCAUUAGCGAGGUAUUUGCAUUAUUACAAUCGUUAUAUGAAUCACAUGCAAUCACUUAAAUUUGAAAAUAAAUUAUAUGCUUCUGUUAAAUAUAAAAUGGAAGAAAUGCAACAAAUGCAAAUGUCAUGGAUAGAGGUUCAAUUUUUAAAGAAAGCCGUCGAUAUAUUGUGUCAGUGUCGUCAAACUCUCAUGUGCACCUAUGUAUUUGCAUUUUAUUUACGUAAAAAUAAUCAAUCAAUGAUUUUUGAAGAUAAUCAAAAAGAUUUAGAAACUGCUACAGAAAAAUUAUCAGAAUAUUUAGAAAGAGAUAUAACAUCAGAAAAUUUAGCUGAUAUAAAACAGAAAGUACAGGAUAAAUAUAGAUAUUGUGAAAAACGCCGUAAAGUUUUAUUAGAUCAUGUGCAUGAAGGCUAUGAACAAGAUUGGUGGCUAUAUACAGAAUGAUAAUUUUAUAAAUUAGAAAAACUGUUAAUUAUUAUUAAUAUAAAGAAAAUAAUAAAUAUAUAUGUAUAUUUAUAAAAAUGCAUAUAUAUGUAUAAAUUUGCAUAUAUAUAUAUAAUUGAAAACAAACAUCCAAAUUAGUUUUGACUUGGAAUUAGAGUAAAAAAAAUGAAAAUAGAUAUGUUAUCAAUAAAAUCUAGAGUAUAAAUUAAAAGUGAAAUACUUAAGGGUCAAUCGUGUUAUAUUACAAUAAUAAUAAAAAAAAAAGAACACAAAUAAACCAAGAAAAAUUUAUAUAUAUUAUGAUAUAUAGAAAAACUACGACGUUAUAAGGAAAAAAAUAAAAUUUUUAUUCUAGUUACAAAAAAUUUUUCUAAUUUAUCGACCCAAAAAAACAACUAGGCAGUGUAAUAUUAAAAAAAAACAAUAUAAUUAAAAUACAAUAAAAUUUAAAAUAGAGAUGCAUAUUUAAGAAAACAAAACUUUUUUUUUUUGUUGAAAAAUUGAAUUUGAAUUGAUGAAAAUAUUGAAAAAAUUAUUUAAUGAGAAAAGAAUGCAAUGCAACUAAAAUUAUAUACCAUUAUUGUUUUUCCUUCAGCAAAAAAAAAAU